AUGAGCUUUUUCUCAAUUCUAGACGAUCGACGAAGAUAUUUGCGUUACCCAAAAGAACUUUUUGAAAAUCUAGAAUCUAAAUUCUACUCGAAUCCACCAACACAAACUGAACAUCAUGUAAGUUUUCACCAUUAUUUUUAUUUCUAAUAUUGUUCUUUUAGGAUGGUUGGGUAACUGCACGAUUUUCACUAGAAGAAGAGCAUAUUUUAUUUUUGGGUGACGAUCCAGGAAAUAUUGGAAUUUACAAUGUUGAAAAGUUGUACGAUAACGCUGUCCCGAUUGAAGAAAAGCAACUUCAUUGUGAGUUUGCGCAAACUCGAACAAAUUUGUUAAAUUUUUUGGAAAAACCGCAAUAUUUUCAGUUUUCCCUGCUCACGAUGGCGCAAUAAUGGAUAUAGUUGGAGUUCCAAAUAAAUCUUCUAGUAUAGUAUCGAUUUCUGGUGAUUGCACAAUCAGAUGUUGGGAUUUGAACCAACACAACGAUAACAGAUCUUCAGAUCUUUUUCAAGGUCACGAAGGAUCUGUACGGUCUCUCAAUUUUGCACCAGAUGAUUCAAAUAUAUUUGUAAGUGGAGCGCGAGAUGGUCAAGUCAAAAUCUGGGAUAUGCGAGUAUCCGCGGUUCGAAAAAAUGAUAAACUCAGUCGAAAUUCAACAAUUACUUAUAAAUCCGCUCAUCCUUCUCAACAAGCUCCUCAUGAAAAAGCGGCUACUCCAAAAAGUAAACAAUCAAAACAAAAACCAUCUGCAGGAGUAUCAGUAACAAGUGUAUUAUUUUUGAAUGAUUUUACAAUUGCCUCAGCUUCAAGUAAUGCCGAAACAGGUAUUCGAAUAUGGGAUAUUCGAAAACCAGGCGAUUCUCAUCCAUGUCAAAUAUUAAAAAUUCCUGUAACCUCAUCUAGAAAAGCUGGUUUUGGUGUUACAAGUCUCGCGAUCGAUCGUUUUCGAAGCAGUCUUUUUGCAUCUUGCACCAACUCAAUUGUCUAUGAAUAUUGUACACAAACAACAAGUUGCUCACCACUUCGAGCUUACAGUGGUGCAAUUAUUCGAGAUUAUUACACACAAAUCGCAUGUUCUCCUAUCUCUGAUACAAUUGCUUGUGGAAGUGAUGAUAAACGAGCUGUGAUUUGGGAUGUUCAAGAUCAAUAUGUUUAUCGAAAUGAUAUUUUUGGAGAUGUCAACGAAGCGGAAAAACGACGAGCAUUGUUACCAAAAUGGUCAUUAGAAGGACACGAGGGUCGAGUAUCAUGUGUUGGUUGGAGUGCAAAUGCAAAAUAUUUUAUGUCCCUUGAUGAUCGUGGUCUUCGAAUAUGGAAUGAGGCAGAAAAAUGCAAAUGUUGUGAUGAUGUAAGAAAAAAUGUUUUUUUUGAUUAUUUUCUAUUUUUUCUCAUUGCAGGACAUUUCUGAAGAUACACAAAUGGUCGAAGAAAAUCGAGGAAUUCAUCAUGAAUCAGCACAACCUUACAAAAUGACGUGUUCUGAUGACGCAAUUUCAAAAAUUGAUAGCAUGUGUCUAGCGCCAAGACCUCGAGCAAAUUCCACAAUUUAUCAAUCACCUCAAAAACCACGUGUCUCAAAAAGACCACUCAACACAAGCCCUUUCAAAUUAUCACCACAAGCCAAGAUUUGUAAAGUCUCAAGUUCACCAUUCAAGCCGCUCAAUUAUUUGAAUGAGGAAAAAACACCAAAACAUAAGAAAAAGAAAACAGCUCCAUAUUUUUAUAGGUAAUUUUAUAAGCUAAAUUUUCAAAAAAAUAAAAGGUUUUUUUUAGGUAUCCCACUGAAAAUUUGCCCAACUUUGUAUAUGAUCAAUUUGUCAAAAGUCUAAUUGGAGGAGACAAUAAACCCUCUUGUUCUUCGAAAUCAUUGAGUAAAACUUCGAAAAAACGAAUAGAUGAUUGGUGGACAUCAAGUGCAACAUCAGAAAACAAGGCUUCAAUAACACCGGGAAGAAUUCGAUUGCCAAGUGUUAGCGAAUUCGGUGAAUCGGCAUGCGCAAAAGUAAUAUCGGAAGAAGAGAGAAACGCAUUAUUGUCACCCAAAAAGCUUGUGAUUAUUUCGAAAAAUCCGAUUUCGGCUAGCAAAAAUGAUGAUUCGCCGAGAACAUCAACGAGAACACCGACCGAACAAAAACGAAGAACUAGCCGGAAUUUGCUACAUUAUUUCAAUAAGAAAAGUUGA